UCCACAUACGGUGAUCGUAUGUGGCAGUUUGCAGUUUCACUGUUUUUGGUUGAGUUACAUGGAAAUAACUUACUACUCCCAGCUGUUUUUGGAUUGACUGUAUCUUCAGCACUUGUAAUUUGUGGUGCCUUGGUUGGCAACUGGAUAGACAGAAAUCCUAGACUAAAAGUUGUACGGAUUGCACUGAUGAUUCAGAACCUUUCAGUAAUACUAUGUGCUGCAAUUCUGAUGAUGUUCUUUAUCUACAAGGCUCAUAUCAUUACAAUAUGGAAAGGAUGGCUUGCAAUUAUUUGCUAUAUUUCAGUGAUCAUUUUAGGAGCAGUAGCAGAGCUUGCCAGCACAGCUAUGUCAAUUUCAAUUCAGCGGGAUUGGAUUAUUGUGGUAGCCAAAGGCAGCAGCAAACUAGCAGACAUGAAUGCCACACUAAGACAAAUUGACCUCUUCAGCAACUUACUUGCACCAAUGGCAGUAGGACAGAUUAUGGCAUUCAUUUCUUCUCAAGUAGGGUGUGCAUUCAUUGCUGGAUGGAACCUCUUCUCCAUGUGCUUUGAAUAUCUGCUACUUCAUAAGGUGUACCAGAUGACUCCAGCUCUAGAAGAAAAGAUGAUAAGCAAAACCACAGAAGGUAGGGAAAGACACAAAAAAAGUCCCGAGGGCCAAACGAAUGUUCAGGAGGCACUGUGGGUAGAUCCAAACCUUUGUCAUGAAGAAACACCUGGAGGAGAAGGAGAAUCAAUGAAUAAGAUGAGGAAGAAGGGUUGCAAGGACAAUUGCCUUAUCGUAAGUAUUCAGAGACCAAUGCAAACUACAUAUUUUGGAUGGAAAGCAUAUUACAAGCAGUCCGUAUUUUUAGCUGGAACUGGCCUUUCUUUUCUUUAUAUGACAGUGCUUGGACUUGAUGGGAUAACCACAGGCUAUGCUUAUGCCCAAGGAAUCAGUAGUUCUAUUCUCAGCAUUAUGGUUGCUCUGUCAGCUUUAACUGGUCUACUUGGAACUGUGUUCUUCAGAUUACUAAAAAAAAGCUGUGGUCUUAUUCGUACCGGAUGUCUCUCAAGUAUUGCACAGAUCUCAUGCCUUUUACUCUGUGUGGCUUCUGUUUUUGCCCCUGGAAGCCCUUUGGAUUUAACUGUGCCUCGUUAUAUACAGGAAAUAAUGACAGCAGAUUCAAAUCUGUCUAUUGCACAAGCUGAUGAACCAUCAACAGUACUGACAACUAGGUUACCUGGGAAUAGCACAGCUAACAUGAAACUUCAAUCUCAAGUUUCCCAACAGAACUUCUCAAACUCUGCAAGACAAGGAAAAGAACAAUCACAAAUCUCCAUAAUACUCUUUUUCACUGGUACUGUUUCAGCUAGAGUAGGUUUGUGGGGAUUUGAUCUGACUGUAACUCAGCUGUUGCAAGAAAUGGUCCAUGAAUCAGAGAGAGGAGUGGUAAAUGGAGUCCAGAGGUCUAUGAAUGCAGUCAUGAAUCUUUUACGGUUUCUUAUGGUAAUAGCUGCACCAAGAACUGAACAUUUUGGCAUUCUUAUUAUUAUAUCAGUAUGUUUUGUCUCACUCGGUGGACUGCUUUACUUCUGCUUUGCUAGGAAAAGUCUAAAGGGGGGAUUCUGCCACACUGUUUGCAAAUUAAAUGAAUUGAAAUCAGAAGAAGAAGCUGUGGCUAUGGGAUAA